CAAAUCUGGAGAUUAAUUAUGCCAAAGGACUUCAGAAACUGGCAACCAAGCUAAGCAAAACAUUACAGAGCACAAAGAAAAACUGUCUUGUCAGCGCCUGGGCCUGGGUCUCGGAGGGCAUGAAGUCUGCAGGGGACCUGCAUCAAAAACUUGGCAAAGCAAUUGAGUUGGAAGCAAUAAAACCAGCUCAUCAAGUCCUGAGUGCACAUGAAAAAAAGAGAAAAUCACUUGAUAACGAAGUUGAGAAGACAGCAAAUCUUGUCAUUAGCAACUGGAAUCAACAAAUUAAGGCCAAGAAGAAAUUGAUGGUUAGCACCAAGAAGCAUGAAGCACUUUUCCAUCUUGUAGAAAGCUCCAAGCAGAUUACAACUGAGAAGGAGAAGCAGAAGCUCCUCAAUAAACUGAAAAAAUCAACCGAGAAGUUAUCAAAAGAAGAUGAAAAUUACUACCAAAAAAACGUGGCAAGCUGUUCUACAAGACUGAAAUGGGAGAACACACUGGAAAAUUGCUUCCAGAGCAUCCUGGAGCUGGAGAAAGAAAGAAUUCAACUUUUAUGCAAUAACUUAAACCAGUACUCCCAACAUAUUUCUGUUUUUGGCCAGACCUUGACCACAUGCCACACGCAGAUUCACUGUGCCAUCAGCCAAAUAGACAUCGAAAAAGAUAUCCAGGCUCUCAUGGAAGAAACCACAGUUUCAUCUACAGAAAAUAAAUCUGAGUUCCUAUUAACCGACUACUUUGAAGAAGAUCCUAAAAAUGCAAUGAGCAAAGAGCGACAGACAUCUUCAAUAAAAUCAAAACUGUUGAGGCUGCAAAAAGAUAUUGAAAAAGCCUCGCGAGACCAAGAAGGCUUGGAACGAAUGCUGAGAGCCUACUCCAGCCACUCUUCCUUCUCAGACUCAGAGAGCGAAAAAAGCACAGCAGCCUUAAUGGACGAGAAUAGCUUGAAACUAGACCUUCUGCAAGCAAACUGCUAUAAACUGUCAUCUGUGUUAGCAGAACUUGAGCAAAGACCUCAACCCAGCCAUCCCUGUAGUAACUCCAUCUUCAAGUGGAAAGAAAAGCAGCAGACACACAGUUCUGUAAAAAUAUCUCGGCCUGUUCUGACGAAGAGACUAGAGAAUAUUGUGAACAGAGCAUCUUCUGAUGGGCAGAGAAUUCCAAGUCCUUCGUCCACAGCCUCCGGUGUGACCCAGCUUGGCAAUGGUCUUUGCAAGGCUUUAUAUUCUUUUCAAGCCAGGCAAGAUGAUGAAUUGGACUUGGAAAAAGGCGACAUCGUGACGAUACACAAAAAGAAAGAUGAAGGAUGGUGGUUUGGCUCUUUAAAGGGAAAAAAAGGUCAUUUUCCUGCCGCUUAUGUGGAGGAGCUUCCUUUAAAUGCCGGGGACACAGCUUCACAAGCAUGAGCGAAAUUCUGAAGGCAUCAUCUUACACAUUGUUAAUUAUACAAUGUGAUGCAAAUAAAGGGAAAUGCUGUUGUCUUCACAAGUUUAUCUUCCUAACUGGGUUCCAUGAUGCAGGCAUGAUGCAGAUGUGCCCAUGAUGCAGGUACAUCAUGGCAUUUUGCACUCUUAGUUCUUUGGAAUAGUGAGAAGAUGGAGGGUAAAUAGGAGGUGAAAAAGAUGUACCAUGGUUCCUAGAGUUUUCUAAAAGACUCUAGAAAUAAUCCAAAACAGCCCCUCUCACAGGGAGAAAAGUGCAAAGCAGUUUAACCUGAAGUCAGAUAGUUUUCUGGUGGUGCAACAGAGAUUAGGAUGCAGAUGUCCUUUCCGUCAAGUCUUGGGUGGCAGUAGCCGCAGUAGGCCCACAAAGGGUCAAGCAGGGCCAUGGAGAUGGAGAAGAAUACAUAUGGAGUCCAAGAAGACCUCAGCAGAGACAGGCAGGUAAAGCACCAGUGAGACAGACCCAAGUUAAGGACAGUAGAAUAAAGGCUCAUGAGCCAAGGUGGAUAGUCAGCGUGGUUGGAAGAGAGGCUGGUAGACAAGAGGGCUCUAUGCCAGGCAGAGGACCUCGGGGUAGAAAAGGGUUCCGUCCUGAGCCAGUGACCUUCUGAGUUAGUGGCUUCUUAUAUAUCCCUACCCACAAUCAGAAUUACUCUUAGCAUGAGGUCAAGUGUGAGUCAGAGAUGGCUGGAGAUCUGAGAAUAAGAGCAAGGCUGAUAGAAAAGGGUUAGGAAGGAGGCAGUGACUGAAAUUUCAUGCCUCCCUGCCCAGUUGGAAACUUCAUACACCAAUUCAGAAACUAGGAAUUGUAUACUUUCCUUCCAGGUUGUGAUGCAAGGAAUAUCCUAAGCAACUUCUUAGUGACAGACACUUAAAUGCUAAUGAGUCUCUAGUUUGAAUGAUAAGUUCUAAAAACCAGAAUUUACUGUCAAAAUGGAAAAUUUAGAGAGAUUUCUGCCACUUCCUCAAAUGCCCUACAAUGGGAAAAGGUGGAGAAUGAGAGAGAGCAGGCCCCCAAACUUUCCCCAAGGGGAACAUUUUAGAAUAGAGAGGCGUGAUACAGCAGCAUCUCAGAAACUGGCCUACGUCAGCUUGGAGAUCACACACUCCAUUGAACAGAAGGUCAAGAUAUUGCCAAGAACAUCUAAGCAGAUUUACUUUUGUGCCAAACAGUCUGGCAUUAAAAGAGUGAUUAAAAUCCAUUCUAUUACUCUCCUUCCCCCUACUUCUUUUUUUAACUUGUCACAUUUUAUACUGUGAAAAAGGAAAUUUUCAAAUAUAUUUUAUUUUAAAUAAGGUACAUAUAUUUUUUAUACUCUGCACCAUUACACUCCUAUAGCAGGAUAUAACUAACAAAGAUAUUUAUAGAUACAGAUAUCAGACCGGAAGGAGCUCAAGUAAAACCUGUUAUGUGAGACACAACUUACAGCCCAGAAGAACAGAUCAGAAGUUUUAAAGUCAUCCUUAAUGGCGUAUUAAUGAAGGCAUUCCACAUGUAGAAAGUUGGCUGAAUAAUAGGCCAUUAAGACCAUGAACAGAGAUUUUGAAUUUAUAUUUCCUUUUCAUCUGACUUCUUUCCAUUAGCCUUGAUGGAUAAAAGAAAUUGCAUAGCCAUUGACUGCAGCCUACAUGUGAUCAUUUGUAUAAAGUGAUGAUAAUGAUGAUUGGACCCUGAAACUCUUUGGAAGUAAUUUUCAAAGGGGCCCCUCUUUCUUCCUAAAGCAGUUUUACUUUGUAAAGACAUAAAUGGUUUUCCUGGUUUAAAA